AUGAAGGCAAUAUUUUUUGAACGUGUAAAUGACACUUUUAUCCUACAUAGUCACAAACCGGAAGAGUGGUCCCUUUCCCAGUUUCUGUUGCUUUAUCGUGAUAAAAUUCUUAAAACCCCUCCAUUCCAUGACGUCUGGCACGCUCUUGAUGGAGCGUGGACGAGGAGGUUUAUACGGGCAGUCCAAGAACGAAACGAGAAGAUUGAUGUGAAAACAAAGGUUAAUUCUGAGAGUAACCGCUUGUAUUGGAGAGAGAUUAUUCGUGAUCGUAUGAAAAUUGAAACGACGCUUGUGACAGACACAGAAGGUCUUCACACUCUUCAAACGUCAGUACAGUUUCAUGGAGAGAAUAUUCGUAAUAACUACGAUAAUUGUGAAAAGGCAAAUAAAGAGUAUCAAAAUUUAUCUUCGAACGAUGAUCAUGAUGAAAGCGACGAGAUCGACAAGUUCUUUACAAGUCCCUCCGAAACAAAAUUGCCCAAUCUAUUUUCGCAAAAAAUGGAUAACUCAACCAAGAAACGGCGAAAAUUAAGCAGUGAACGAAGCAUUGCCAACGAAGCGGAUGACGAGAAAGACAAGGUCGAUGAAGCACAUGGCUCCCCUACAUCCGAUGAGGAUGAUAACGCGGAUUACAUACCUAUACCUGAGGAGGAAUAUUCAGAUUACAUGUCAAGUAAUGAUGAGGAUCAGAAUCCUCCACCAUUGCUGACGUUAUCACAGUUCAAGUGUUUUAAUGAGUCCUACGCAAAAAUGAAAAAGACUCAAAAGUGGAUUCUAUCAACUGGAACGUGUGUCGAGGAUGCUAUCUUCGAGCAUUGCAAUAAAUUAUCAGGUGAAUCACUCCUACAUUCAUGGAUCGUUGAUUUGGAUGAUCAGGAGACAGAGGCACUAUUUACAGUUACAGAAUGGAAAGAAAUACGCCGUGAAAUUAGAAGGUUACCAAAGGUUGACGAAACCUUUGUUGAGUUAUUGAUGCGAUUUGCCAAUGUUAAAACAACAAGUGAGCUAAGACACAUUCUAGAAACAACAUCCUACCGAAAUAUGGAUGAGCCUUAUGACCGAGAGAAACACUAUGAUGCUAAAUGGGUAGAUAUAGUAAUGAGAAAGUACCUUACAAAUUAUGAAGAUUCCAAUGGAAUACUGCAUAAGUCACAUCUUGAAUCUUGGCAUGAUAUUAAUGUGUGGUCACUAAUAAUUGAUCAUGGUCUCCGAAACUUAAUUGGGAUAGAGACUGUUAGAAAGGAGUCAACAAGUGGAGCAGUAUCUGUAAGAAGAAACCAAAAGAGGAUAUGUACACGUCACAAGAAUAUUGAACGUAAGAUGAUGGGAUCUCGUAUGGAUGGAAUAUUCAGGACAUAUGUCAAUGAUAUUGAAUAUGGUGCAAUUGAAGUAGCUAAAGCAUUUGAUGAAAUCAAACUGUUGACUGAUGGAUAUAAAUUGAGUAAAAUCAUGUAUGAUAUGCUAAUAUAUUUGAGUAAACAAGUCAAUUUUGAAGAAACAAAAGUAAGAAAACUAAGAGUAGUUGGUAUGCUUCACUUGGGUCUUAAAACACAAGUGCUACAUUUGAGUAGUCCUAAGGGAUACGUGAUGCUGACAAGUGUAUGGAUAUUGAAGAAAGCGAUUAUAGACUGUGUGGAUACAGUGAACUCACAAGUUCAAAAUUCAAUUGAUCUUAGGCAAGAACUAGUUGCCAUGGGCACAGAGACUUCACCACCCUCAAUUGUUUUGCCAUGGUCUU